UGUGCUCUUUCUGUGGCUUUUGAUUCUUCCUGAAUUGUCGUGCCUGCCAGCUUCACUUGAGCGUGGCCGUAGAGAGUUCAAAAUUAGAUAACCUUUUUCCAUGGGGGAAAAGUGGGUGAUUGAUUUGAGGCGCUCAUAUGAUUCCUGUUCUGUGCAGAGAGGGAGGACGAUGGGUUUAGGGAGUAGAGAGAAGACAAUGAAUUGGAGGUGGAUGGAGAUGGUUUCUCUCAUCGUUCUUUGCAUUCUGGGGUUGAAGCUUCCCACCAUUGAAGCUGCCACAGAUCCAUCAGAUGCCUCUGCUUUAAGAGUUUUGUAUACCAGCUUGAACUCGCCCCCUCAGUUAACCCAGUGGAAUGCUAAUGGCGAUGAUCCAUGUGGACAAUCAUGGAAAGGGAUUACUUGCUCUGGCACACGGGUUACAGAAAUAAACUUAUCUGGCCUCGCUCUCAGUGGAUCGAUGGGGUACCAACUCGCAAGUUUGACAUCGUUAACCAACCUAGAUAUGAGCAAUAACAAUAUUGGAGGCAGUAUAGUCUACCAACUUCCACCAUUCCUGCAGAGACUAAAUCUUGCUCAAAACAGCUUCACUGAAGGCAUCCCUUAUUCCAUUUCACAGAUGACAACUCUUCGAUACCUAAAUCUCAGUCAUAAUCAGCUUCAGAAUCCAUUGAUUGAUAUGUUUGGGCAGCUUACUUCACUAUCCACAUUGGAUCUGUCUUUCAAUGCUAUGUCAGGCGAACUGCCUCAGAGUUUUAGCUCGCUUUCGAGCAUCAGCACUAUGAAUUUGCAAAACAAUCAGUUCACUGGCACAAUUAAUGUCCUUGCAAAUCUUCCUCUUGAUAACCUGAACGUUGAAAACAACCGUUUCUCUGGCUGGAUCCCUGAGCAACUCAAAAGCAUCAAUCUUCAGACAAAUGGCAACUCCUGGAACUCAGGUCCUGCACCCCCUCCUCCUCCUGGUACACCUCCAGCAACUAGAAGGAACCGAAGUCACGAUUCUGGUGGCAAUAGUCCAUCAAAUGGUGGUUCUGGUAAAGGUCAGAAAUCAGGAAUUAGUGGUGGUGCCAUUGCAGGAAUUAUCAUCUCUGUGCUCGUUGUUGGAGCUGUAGUAGCAUUCUUCAUUGUUAGGAAGAGAUCCAAGAGAUCAUCAUCUGCAGACAUUGAAAAGCUCGACAAUCAACCCUCGCAACCUCGUCAAAUGACUCCAGCACAAGAAAUAAAGUCCGAAGAAACUUCCUCCACAUUUUAUCCAACAACAUUUGAUACUUCUGCUGCAAUUAAUCUCAAACCCCCUCCUAGUGAUCGUCAUAAAUCACUUGAUGAAGACGACUUUGCUAAAAGAGCUGUUGUCAAGAAGGCUAGUGCAGCUCCUAUUAAUGUAAAGUCAUAUUCAAUAGCAGACCUGCAAUUGGCUACUGGCAGCUUCAAUUUUGAAAAUCUUCUUGGUGAGGGAUCGUUUGGACGUGUUUAUCGGGCUGAGUUUGAUGACGGGAAGAUUCUUGCCGUGAAAAAAAUCAAUUCGGCUGUACUACCUGGGGACUUAUCUGAAGAUUUCACCGACAUUGUUUCGAAAGUCUCCGAGUUACACCAUCCCAAUAUAACCGAGCUCGUGGGUUAUUGCUCAGAGCAUGGGCAGCAUUUGCUUGUGUAUGAGUUCCAUAAAAAUGGCUCGCUUUAUGAUUUCUUGCAUCAUUCAGACGAAUACAACCAGCCACUGAUAUGGAAUAGUCGUGUUAAGAUUGCUUUGGGAACAGCCCGUGCACUAGAGUAUCUUCAUGAAGUUUGCUCCCCAUCAAUUGUUCAUAGAAACAUCAAGUCUGCUAACAUACUGCUGGAUGCGGAACUCAGCCCCCACCUCUCUGAUUCUGGACUGGAAAGCUUUGUACCAAAUGCAGAUCAGGCACUGGAUCACAAUGCAAGUUCAGGAUACACUGCCCCCGAGGUCACGAUGUCUGGCCUUUAUACGCUGAAAAGCGAUGUCUACAGCUUUGGAGUAGUCAUGUUGGAACUGUUGACUGGGCGCAAACCAUUCGACAGUUCAAGACCAAGGACCGAGCAAUCCUUGGUUCGAUGGGCUACACCCCAGCUUCAUGACAUUGAUGCGUUGACCAAGAUGGUCGAUCCAGAACUCCAAGGACUAUAUCCAGUUAAAUCACUCUCCCGAUUUGCAGAUGUGAUUGCACUUUGCGUCCAGACCGAACCAGAGUUCAGACCUCCAAUGUCGGAAGUGGUCGAAGCAUUGGUUCGACUUGUCCAGCGAGCUAACAUGAGUAAGAGAACAUAUGGAAAUGAUAAUGCAGCAGCGUCUCCCAGAGGAGGGGACAUGGGUGGGGAUGAUACACCAUAAACAACACUUCUUUAUACAGAAAAAGUUGGGAGAUGGUAUUAAUGUUUAUCUGUUAAUAUUACAAAGAGAAGGAUGAUGAUGUUAGGUAUAGAAUUUUGAUAGAAAAUAGGAUUAGAAAUUGGUGGAGAUUUAUUCAGUUUGUUGUACACUUUGCUGUUAACUUCAAUUAUUUUGUCUCCUAUUUAUUAUUUUGUCU